UAUAUUCUGUCAUCGUCCACAAUAACAAAACUGACUUUCGUUUGUUUUCAUUUGAUUUUAUAACAAAUUUUAAACUGUGAUGUUAAUUAUUUUUGAAAUAAAGUGAAAUGUUAAAUAGCUGUAACCAUAAUACAAAGAAAUACACUUUAGUUAAUGUGAUUCCUAUUGUACAAUAGAAGAUAUUGAUUUGUUAUUGUUCCUGACUAAGAGUAUUAAAUGAAAAGGAAAGAAUAUUGCAAUUUGCACCUAGGUCAAUAAAUAAUGGAGCCGAUCAUCAAAGCAGAUUUAGAGAAUAUUAUAAUUAAUUUGCUACAAAAAUGUCAACUCGAAGGCGAUACUCCAAUGCAGAUUCCUUUGGAAGAUGUUGAAAGAAGAGUAUUGCAUUACUCUGAAAUAUCUCGAAAUAAGUUAGAGAUAGCUAUUGGCAGAUAUUCGUCCACUAAAUGUCGUAUAAAUCAUUGUGUCGAUUUUGGUAAACAUGUAACAGUUUUAAACAAUCUCCUAUAUUUUUAUGAAAAGAAGAUGCUACCUUCAUUCAAAACUUUAUUUGAUUACAUACAGAUAUUAGAACCAUCUACACGUGGUAUGAACUAUUAUCACUUCAUACAUAAUAUGAAUAUGAUAGGCAUUGAUCAUCAAACUAUUAUUAAUGGUAAAAUGUUGCUUAUGGAAGAUCCAAAGAUAACAUUUGAAAGAAGUUUAUUUCUAAACAAAAUGAAGAAAAUUCGACAAAGCGAUCUUAUGAUCUAUUACGUCAGUGAAAGAAUAAUAGAUGAUAAAUGUAAUUUUGAGAAACCCUGGGUUCGAAAUUGUAAAACUUUAAAAUUAUUUACCAAUGGACACAUAUUCUUCCACGCUGUAUCUAAACAGGGUUUUAUGAAUGGCAUAUUUUGCUACACUCCAACUGAAUAUGAUUUUUACAAGUGGAUAGUAGAUAUUUUGCUGCCGUCGUUGAAAACGGAAAGUGUCAUCGUAUUCGAUAAUAGUCCGUUACAUGGAACAUCUAAACCUAAUAAAGUAUCCAUGUUUGAUACGAAAGAUGAAAUGAGAAAAUGGCUACGGGAAAAUAAUAUACCACACACUAACUCCAUGAAGAAAUCCGAAUUGUAUCGUCUUAUUGAAAACUGUAUGUGCAGUAUGAAUACGACUCCUCAGGUUGAUCGUGUUAUAAAAGCAAAUGGUCAUCAAGUUGUACGGUUACCUACACAUUUUGAAGACUUGUCGCCCAUUGACCAAAUCUGGCAAGAUAUUAAGAAAUUUCAGUCGCUAUCUCAGGCUGACCUGCACAAUAGUAUAUUAAAAUACUUUCUAGAAAUACCUACAGUCGUAUAUACUCAACUUUAUGAUAAAGUUGUAAAAAAAGAAAACACUUUGAUUGAAUUAGAUGACAAAAUUGAGCACGCUUUGGAUGAAUUCCUAAAGGAAUUAAAAAUCACUGAAAUUGUACUAGAAUAAUAACAUCACUAUACUUACUUAUUUUGGAUUAAAAUUUGUAAUAUAAUAUAUAUUUCUUCGAACCGAAUAUUUUUAUCUUUCGUCAAUUGGUUGAUUUUGUAAUACCUUUAACAAAUAAACGACUAUUACAUCUA